ACCUUUAAAAUGGUGCCAGACUGGAGUCUUUGUAGGACGGGCACCUCCAGGUGCUGCAAGAAAAACCAACAAUCCCACUUGAUCAAGCAGAGAUGAGAGAAAGGAUAAAGUCAGAGGUGGAGGCUUUCUGUGGGAUCAGGUGUGAGAGUGGAUCGGCCAUCAAUCACCUGGUUGCAGCUGCUGCCAUGCUCUACACCGAGUUGCUCAAGCUGUGGGACCAGUCGGUCCAGGCCGUGGACGCCAAGGACUGGCAGGGCGCCCUGGCCAAGCUGGACCAGAUCUCCGAGCCCACCUCCCGCACGCUCUUCAACGCCGCCUCGGCCCACCUGGCACUGGACAGUUUUAUGAGGCCCUGAGGGCUUUAGACCUCACCAUCGCCAAAGAUGAACGCCU